AUGCCCUUGGGUCUUCAGCAACAAGAUUCUGAUCUCGCCUUCGCCCAAUCGACGACGACGAGCGGCGGAUCGACGACAGCGGCUAGCGAUUUUGCGCAGUCUCCCGAGCAUCGUCAUGCUGCUUGGACGGGACGUCGCUUGGACAGUAGUAGAAGCAGCGCCAGUCUCGCAAAGGAACAGAACAUGGCCGCACAAGAUGUAGAUGUCGAAGCCGAGGGGCGACCGCCGUAUCUCCAUGCCAUGAUUGCGGGUGGUAUUGGAGGAUCUACCGGCGACUUGCUCAUGCACUCACUCGAUACUGUCAAGACGAGACAACAGGGCGACCCUCACGUUCCCUCAAAAUACACAUCUUUGGGACAGUCUUACUACACCAUAUGGAGACAAGAGGGUAUAAGACGGGGUCUUUAUGGAGGAUGGCUUCCUGCUCUUGGAGGUUCAUUUCCUGGAACAGUCAUGUUCUUCGGUACAUAUGAAUGGAGCAAACGAUUCUUAAUCGACCAUGGUGUGCAACAGCAUGUGUCAUAUCUAGCAGCAGGUUUCCUUGGAGAUCUCGCUGCAUCCAUUGUUUACGUUCCGUCAGAAGUCCUCAAAACACGUCUGCAACUUCAAGGACGUUACAACAACCCCCAUUUCGUCUCAGGAUACAACUACCGCGGUACUGUGGACGCUGCCCGCACCAUUGUGCGCUUAGAAGGAGCCCCUGCUCUGUUUUACGGCUACAAGGCUACCCUCUACCGUGAUCUGCCUUUCUCUGCUCUUCAAUUCAUGUUCUGGGAGCAAUUCACCACUUGGGCUCGCAAGUACAAGCAAAGUCGCGAAAUCGGCGCUUCCCUCGAGCUCCUCACAGGCGCGGCAGCUGGUGGUCUUGCUGGUGUUAUUACUUGCCCUCUCGAUGUCGUCAAGACGCGGCUUCAGACACAGAUCAGCUCUCCCACAGAACCUCGGGCCUCUAAGGACCACCAUGCUACAUCACAAGUCCGACACAUUUCAACCUCGUCUCCCAGCACACACCGACCACGACCUGGCGCUGUUCCCCUCGAUACCUCUUCUGUCUUCACCGGCUUGCGCAUGAUUUACCGUACAGAAGGCAUCGCAGGAUGGUUCCGUGGUGUCGGCCCCCGUGGUGUCUGGACCUUCAUCCAGAGCGGCUGCAUGCUGUUCCUGUACCAACGACUUCUCCGCCAGCUCGAGCUUCUUGCACCCACCGAGCUAAAGGAAAUGUAA